UCGUCUUCUUCUCUCCUCUUCCUAUUGACUUUCUCUGUCUCUCUCUUACGCCGGAGCUCGAUCUCUCUCAUAUGUCUCACUGUGGCGUCGCACUCAAGAUCUCUCCCUAUCUCCUCUCUGAUUCGCAAUCGAGGUCAUCGUUGCAUCAUAGAGCGUCGUCUUCCUUCUGGUUCCAGCGAGCGUCGCCUUCCUCUUGGUUCCAGAGAGCGUCGCUUUCCUCCUGGUUCCGUCUUCCUUGCCAUCUUCUUUGCCGUCUUCCUCAUUUUUCGUCACUGUCGUCAGCCUCUUCCUUCGAGUGGCAGUCCUAAUCUUGAACUUAAUUUGGGCAUAGCAACUCCAGGACAUGGUCUGAAAGAAAACAGGGGGAAACUCCAGUUCCCCUGGGUCCCUUACAGCAUGCAUACUGGAAGAACAAUGGUGGAAACCAAUGUUAAUUCGGUAAUUGGUAAUCUACAAAAAGGCUGGUUGCAACUGAAGAGCAUCCUUCUCCAUGGAAUGGCGUGAAUCCUAGUUUCUUUCCCAAUCAGCAAAAAUCUUUGUAUCCUGGCUUCAAAGGAAUGUUGAAAUAUAUGGCACGAGAGAGCUGAUAGGAUCAGCAUAGAUCAUUCCAAAGGACUACCCGGUUGGCCAUGGAAAAUGCACAACCAAAUCACUGCUACCCAAUUGCCUCCUUUCUCUGUUGCAGCAUCAUCAGGAUUCUCCAUCUCAGCUACAUUUCCAUCGAGUGCCAUCUUUCCGGCUGUAUCUGUGUACUAUGCAUACCAAAAAACAUGGAAGCCUUUUAAUCCAAUCCUUGGAGAGACCUAUGAAAUGGUUAACCAUGGUGGAAUCCUUGGUGCCACCUCCUACAAAGUUUAAUAACCUGAUAUUUGGAAGCAGCAUAAUAUAAGUUUAUCUAUUAUGAUUUAUGCAGUAGCUGAAAGCUUUCUUGUUGGAGAAUGUCUGUUGAAAUAGUGGGGUUCAUGCGGUUUUGUUUUAUGAUGCUUAAUUCAUUUUUCUCUUUUAAGGUCUUGGUAGUUUGAAUUGUUGGUCUCCAUUCUCCUCUUUUCUGUACAUGUUUUGGAGAGAAUGUUGUUAUAUAGUGUUAGGAUGCUAUGAUUGUUAUUGCUGGACUUUGUAUUUGUGUCUCGUAUACUUCAAAUAUAUAGUGGGAGUUUGUGGUUUA